GAAAUCGCAAUAUAUAUAAAGUAUUGUUCCAAAAAAAAUUUUAAUUAUACUUCAAAGGGGGAACGUAUCAAAUAAAAACGAUGAUAUCAGUGGGAAUCCCAACGUUGCUCACCUUAAUGACGAUUCAGUCCAUUACAGGUCAAUAUAUGAGAAAUGCAUACAACGCUGGCUUCCCGAACGAUUUGGCUGCAAAUAUAGCUGCUGAAAAUCUGGCGUACUCUCAAGCGUACGGGCCUAUUCCUGCCAAUGCUUUGGCAUAUGGGCCACCUGAAGCCAGUGCUUUGGCGUAUGGUGUGCCAAAUGCAAAUGCACUGGCAUACAGUGCAGCCGCACCAAACCUAGCAAGCGCAUCAAUUGAUUUAGCUGGCGAAGCACCACUUAUUCCAGCAGUUUUAAACUAUGGUUUAUCUUUGAAUGAUUUGAGAGCAUCUAAUGGCGGUGGUUUGACAGUUAGAAGCUCUUCAUCCAUACCAGCGAGUGGUGUGACUGUUGAAACUGAUGAUAUGCUGAUUGAGGGUCCAUUGGCCGUCAGUGGUCAGUUACCGUUCCUAGGUGUUGUAGCUCUGGAAGGACCUGUGGCUGCUGGCGGAACUGGUUCUGUUGCUUACGGCUGCGGUAACGGUAACAUUGGCAUCGUCACUGAAGGUGUAGACCAACCAGCCCCAGCUUAUCCCAAUGCCAUGCCAAGAUAUGCUAAUGGCCCUUGCAUGAAUGGCGGUCCAGGUAUUGGACUGGGUCCAGUUGUAUAUUAA